AUGUCAUCUGGAGACUAUCAAACUUUGUUGAAAUCAGUAAAAAACAAGGGCGUCGUAUUCACAGCGCCUAAAGACGCAGAUGCUGCGAUCAUGUUCGCGCAGAACGGUGCAAAAGUGCUUGUUGGUGUAGAUAGCACAGAGGCAGCGCAGAAAUUGCAAGGUAUUGCUAACCUCAGUACCCACCAACUCUAUGUCGGCGACCACCUACAAGUCGAAGCCUUUUUCAGCCUGGCGAUUGAAUUGCUCGGCAAUGUAGACAUUAUCGUUGCGAACGCGAUACGCGCGGAUGUCCAAGACUGGUUUAGCCCUGAAAACAAGACACCCACUAACGUCCGGCCUGAUAUGACGGGCGUGCAGGUGAACAUGUACGGCCAGAUGUUUGCAAUCCACUAUGGCGCCAAUGCUUUCAGGAAAAACCCUUCCGCCGAUAAAGUAUUUGUCAUUGACGGCGAUGCGGGUGAUAUUGCCGACCAGACGCCUAUCCUCAAAUCUACUAUUGAGUCGAAUUACUCUAAUCCUCAGGGUUUGGAUUCUUCAGGCAAAACAGAGAACUGGAGAGCAAACAUCAUCAACCCCACUUUAGCGGAUCAGGUUUUGUUGAGUAGGGGCAAACCAUACGCGCUCAGCGGCGUAUCAGAUAAGAUUUCACGGAGGCAUGCUAUUCUCGUUGCUGCGACGAUACAGUCCUCGUUAGAGAGCGUGGUUGUUAUAGAUGGCGCUUUAGUACUGGCUCCUUACCCUGAUAUUGCCCUGCAUGGACUGAAAAAAGUUAAAGCUAGAUUGUUAUUCAUCAAAAGGGCGAUGCUCGCUGUGCGUAAAAUUUCUGCUAAUCAAGACAAGAUUAAGAAGUGGUGCACUGCUGCUAUCAUCUUCGGCUGCACAUCUCUGCUUGCUCGUAGACUUCUCUAG